GUUUCUAAUUCCUUCCACUAGCUCGAAGCCUCAUUCAGCAGCCGUUCUCAGUGGAGUGGAAUAGGCUGGAGAUGCCGCCGCCGCUGCUGCGUCGUUAGUUGUGAAUGGGACUUGUCUGCUCGCCCUCCUCCAGAGGUGACCCAGGGAGAAGCAGCAGCUGGACUCCCAGCAAGGAUAUUGGAUACAUAGCAGCACAAAACUAACAUCUUCAUUGGCACUGCUGAGCUGCUGAAAUGGGUGGGAUAUGCUACUUCAAUUGGCAACAGGUUUCCAAUGGGUGAAGGAAUUAAUUUGGGAAUCUGUACAGAAUUAAAAGCAAUGUGCUUAAGGAGGAGCAACACCUUGUGAAUGGAAAACUACAUCUGAAAUUGCCAGGAUUAUAAUAUUUCUUUUGUUGUUGUUGGCCCUGUGAGAAAGGGGUAGAGUUGGGGAAACUCCUGUGCCUAUAUAUUAACCAAAAAUGAAGGAGGACAACUGUUUACAUGCUGCCCUGAUCUGCUUGGGAAUGAUGUGCUACAGCCUCACCAUGGCAACGGAGAAACUGAACCAUUCAAGGCCAUCACUCCACGGUCAUCAUGAAAAAGGAAAGGAAGGGCAAGUUCUCCACCGUUCAAAAAGAGGAUGGGUGUGGAAUCAGUUCUUUGUAAUAGAGGAGUACACGGGACCAGAUCCUGUACUAGUGGGCCGGCUUCAUUCGGAUAUUGAUUCUGGUGAUGGGAAAAUUAAAUACAUUCUCUCAGGUGAAGGAGCGGGGAUCAUUUUUGUUAUAGAUGACAAAUCAGGGAACAUCCAUGCUACAAAGACACUCGACCGGGAAGAAAGAGCGCAGUACACGUUAACAGCGCAAGCUGUGGACAGGAUUACCAACCGACCUUUGGAACCGCCCUCGGAAUUCAUUGUGAAGGUUCAGGACAUCAAUGACAACCCCCCUGAAUUUUUACAAGAAAACUACCAUGCCAAUGUACCAGAGAGAUCCAACGUAGGUACAUCCGUGAUUCAGGUGACAGCCUCAGAUGCUGAUGAUCCCACCUAUGGGAAUAGUGCCAAACUAGUUUACAGCAUCCUUGAAGGUCAGCCGUACUUCUCCGUGGAAGCACAAACAGGUAUUAUUAGAACCGCACUACCCAACAUGGACAGAGAAGCCAAGGAGGAAUAUCACGUUGUCAUACAAGCAAAGGAUAUGGGAGGACAUAUGGGAGGACUCUCAGGGACAACCAAAGUGAUCAUUACGCUCACGGAUGUCAAUGACAACCCACCAAAGUUCCCGCAGAGUGUUUACCAGAUGUCGAUAUCAGAAGCAGCCGUCCCAGGGGAAGAAGCUGGAAGAGUGAAAGCCAAAGAUCCAGAUAUUGGGGAAAAUGGCUUAGUAACUUACAACAUUAUUGACGGAGAUGGUAUAGAGAUGUUUGAAAUUACAACAGAUUAUGAGACUCAGGAAGGGGUUGUGAAACUUAAGAAGAAUCUUGAUUAUGAGACAAAAAGAUCUUACAGCCUGAAGGUAGAAGCAGCCAACAUCCAUAUUGAUCCAAAGUUCAUCAGCAAUGGACCAUUCAAGGAUACUGUAACUGUGAAAAUUAGUGUGGAGGAUGCUGAUGAGCCACCAAUAUUUGUACCACCAACAUAUAUCCUUGAAGUGGAAGAGAAUGCAAGCCCCGGUGCUCAGGUUGGGAGAGUCCAUGCCCAAGAUCCCGAUGCUAAAAACAGCCCUAUAAGAUAUUCAAUUGAUCGUCACACUGACCUCGACAGGUAUUUCAGUAUCAACCCAGACGAUGGUUUAAUUACAACCACAAAAAAAUUGGAUAGGGAAGAAAUUGCUUGGCAUAAUAUCUCAGUGCUGGCAUCUGAAAUACAUAACCGACAUCAGGAAGCCAAAGUUCCAGUAGCAAUCAGGGUCCUUGAUGUAAAUGACAAUGCUCCAAAAUUUGCAGCUCCAUAUGAAGCGGUUAUUUGUGAAAAACCACUGACCAAUGAGCCAUUAAUUAAAAUUACUGCAGAGGACAAGGAUGAUACAGCCAAUGGCCCAAGAUUUAUCUUUGGUUUGCCACCCGAAAUUAUCCAGAAACCUAAUUUUACUCUUCGAGACAACCGAGAUAACACAGCAAGUGUUUAUGCAAAACGCACAAGCUUCAAUCGACAGAUUCAGGAUUUGUAUGUUCUGCCUGUUGUGAUAAGCGAUGGUGGGAAACCGCCACAGAGCAGUACCAACAUGCUCACCAUCCGGGUGUGCGGCUGUGAUCGAAAUGGUGUCUUGAUCUCCUGCAACCCGGAAGCCUAUACCCUCAAUGCAGGACUUAGCACAGGAGCUUUGAUCGCAAUCCUUGCUUGCAUUGUGAUUUUGUUAGUGAUUGUAGUGUUAUUUGUAACACUAAAACGGCAAAAGAAAGAGCCUCUCAUUGUUUUUGAAGAAGAAGAUGUACGAGAGAAUAUUAUUACUUACGAUGAUGAAGGUGGUGGGGAAGAAGAUACAGAAGCAUUUGACAUUGCUACUCUGCAAAACCCAGAUGGUAUCAAUGGAUUUAUCCCUCGCAAAGACAUAAAGCCUGAAUACCAAUACAUGCCAAGGCCAGGGCUUCGGCCAGCUCCAAACAGUGUUGACGUUGACGACUUUAUCAACACACGGAUACAAGAAGCGGAUAAUGACCCAACAGCCCCUCCAUAUGACUCUAUCCAGAUCUAUGGCUAUGAAGGCAGAGGCUCAGUGGCUGGUUCACUUAGCUCCUUAGAGUCGGCAACGACAGAUUCCGAUUUGGACUACGAUUAUCUACAAAACUGGGGACCUCGUUUUAAGAAACUAGCAGACUUAUAUGGCUCCAAAGACAUUUUUGAAGAUGAUUCUUAACAAUAACGUUACAAAUUUGGCCUUAAGAACUGUGUCUAAUGUUCUGAAAAAUUCAGAGGAAAUGUAAGCAGGUAUUUUUUAAAACAAAACACGGAAAGGCUCAUAAAAAGCAUUUAGGUUUGGCAGGGGGGAGGGGUCCUUUAAUAACAAAAGCAAGGAGGACUUAAAAAGUGGUCAAUACUGUGAAGUACCUUUUCAUGCAAAAGGCAAAUAGAGGGGUUGGUUCUCAACUUCACUAGAUGGGGUGGGGGAAAGAAAUAACCACUUGUGAAAUACAAUAUUUACACAAAGAGAAAUUCUAAACGUCAUCCAACAAUCGAGGGCAAUCUUUUUAUGUAUUAUGAACAGCUAAGUCUUUUAUGUCAAAGAAGCUUCCACAAAUUAGAAAGGAUAACAGUUCUGAGCUGUAAUUUCGCCUUAAACUAUGGACACUCCCUACGUAGUGCAUUUUUAAACUUGAAAUAUAUAAUAUUCAGCCAGCUUAAACACAUAUGAUGUAUGUACAGGACAAUGUACACUUAUAAUGUCUCUUGAGCAUCCAACUUGUUUCUGCUGACUCUUGUAAAUCUUUUUGCUUAUACUUUCAUCUUAAUCUAAUACGUGCCAGAUAUAAAACUCUGUCUUGUGGGAGGCGCCCUAUUUCUAUGUCAUUUUUAAAUGUAUCUAUUUGUACAAUUUUAAAGUUCUUAUUUUUUAGUAUACAUGCAAAUAUCAGUAUUCUGACAUGUAAGAAAUGUUACAUCACACUUAUAUUUUAUGAACAUUGUACUGUCGCUUUAAUAUGUGCUUCAAUAUAUGAAGCAGACUUUGAAAUAAAAAGGAUUCUGUUUUUUAA